AUGCUCCGCCAGAACACCAGCACCAGUCUGCUGAACCUCAGCAUCGGCGACGGAGGAGGCGGUCAUGGACAGGUGCCGUCGCAAUCCCUGGACAUGGAUGCCCUGCCCAAGCAGUUCGUGCUGUCCAUGAAGAAGCUCUUCGACAUCCUGGACGACAAGCAGAGUGGCUACGUGCGCUUCACGGACAUCCAGAAGGGCUGGCAGGACGACGGCUCCAAGGGGCUGCCGCGAGGCGUCCUGGACUCACUGCGUCGGGUCACUCCGAGCAGCGGCCUGCUCUCCUUCGAGCGCUUCUGCGCCGGGCUCAAGUUGUGCCUGCUGCGCAAUCAGCAGCAGGCCGUGGAGGACCUGAAGAUGCGGCCCCGUUCCCAGGUGAACCUCGCUCCGGAGGUGGACUACAGUUCGCCGGCUCCGCCGCCCAAGCCGCCACGCCAGGUGCCCAAAUCUCCGGCCCUCGGGAAGGCCGACAUUCGGCAUGCCCUCCAAAACUGGCAGCUUAAUCUUAUGGCGGAUGCGGGAAAGGCGAAGCAGUUCGAGCACCGAGGCUCGGCGGACGGCGGCUCCUCCUCCACCUCCGCCUCGGCCACCGACUGGAGCCUGGCCCUUCCCGCAGUUCCCAAGAAGACGAGCAGCAAGCGGCGGGAGUCCAGGAGGCACACCCUGCAGCACGGCAUCGACUACAACAUGCUGAAGCGGCUGAAGCAGCUGGAGGAGCAGCGGGAGCUGCUGCUCUUCGGCCUCGAUGGCGUGGAGAAGGCGCGCGACUGGUACAUGCAGCAGGUGCUCAAUGUCCAGGAGCAGAUCAAGUACUUCGGCCGCCUGGGAACCAGAUUUGAACAGUGGUCUGAGCUGCAGCAGGAGCGCCUGAACUUCCAGCGGGCCCGCGUCCUGGAGGCCAACCGCAGUCUGCAGCUGCUGGCCGACACCUGGGAGCACGGUGGCUAUCCGCUGCACAUCAACCUGGCCCUGCCCACGCCCACCGGCGUGCCGAAGCCUCGCCAGAUGACCGAUCUUCUGAGUCGCGUGCGCGAGAAGCCGCCGACGCUGCUGGCGGAUCUGUACGAGCCGCAGCACUCGCACUCGCAUCCGCAGUUCCUGCGCGCCAUGUCCAGCAACUUUGUGCUCAGCCAGCAGCCCUCGCCCGUCAGCCAAUCCUCCGCGGGAUUGGGCGACGCCGACGUGGUCUACUGAUUACACAGUUGGAAGUACUUUGUAAAUAGUGUAUUAUUAAACGACUCAAACUCUAAAGCUAGACGGGAUUGGGGU